AUGUCAGUCUUUCUAGGUACUUUAGAUCAGCAUUUAACAGUUGAUGAAACUAAGAUGAAGUUUGCAAACAUCCAAUAUGAGGCAAUGAAAACUUCAUUCAAUACAAUGUUAUAUAGUUGUUUAGAAAAAUGUAUAUCACAUGAUGAAUAUGGUGAAGAUGAUCUAACUAAAGGUGAAAUGUGUUGUAUUGAUAGGUGUAUAGCAAAAAUACAUUAUGCUAAUAGAUAUGUGGGUGCAUAUACUCAGCGUAUGGGCUUUAGUCCGGAUUCAAAUUUAAAACAUUAUGAAAAUUUUAAAACGACACCUAAAGCCGAUUAG